UGCCCACAGAACUUGGUAUUUGUAACCUUAUUAAUCAUUGACCUGCAAAAAAAUUCCUCAUGGUGCCAAAACAACCUGACAUCAAAAAUUAUAAAAUUAACAAAUUAAAAUCAAUAUGUUGUCAUAUUUGGCUUCCAUUUCUUUUCUUUUGCGCAGUCAAUCUACGUUUACUUAACUUUGCUAUCAUGCAUUUCUAAUUUUGGUUGUUUAGCUGAAAUGGUGCUUCGUGCUCCAUUUGUGCGCUGGGCUUGCAUAAAAAAUUCAUUGCUGACCUCUCCAAGAGUAGCCCUCUUUUACUUACAAACCGCUGCAGGCAACAAAGUUUCUUGUGCACUUGCAAUUCGUGGUCCAACAAAUCGCAUUACCUACACAGCUUUUGGUGCUUUUCUUGAUGAAUACUAUGAGAUCCUACCUUUGGGUGGUGUUGUUCAGUGGAGAUUUAGCUCUAUCUUUUCACAAUGGUUGGAUGGUCUUCUGUACCAUUCAUUCCUCUUGUGCAACGAAGAAGGUGUCGCUAAUGCAUGGCACUUAAACUAUGUUGUCCCAGUUGGUUCUGCUCAAGUGUGUGUUUGCCUUUGUUUUACCCACACAUUCCUUUUCACAGAAUCCAUUGUUUUCGUAAUUAAAAAUUCUCAUUUUGGUUUCAGAAACUACCAAAAGGCCUUCGUGCUUACUUUCCUUGCUAAUGGUGCAAGCACAUGGAUUGUGCUUAGGCAUGAAUUUAGAGCCUGGCCAGUUGAGGUUAUUGACUUUAAAUUUCGCAAACGGUGGGGAUACUAUGAUUCCUACGUUUACAUCGUUAGCACCAAAAACAUUAAUUUUCCCCACAAAAUAAAAUAAUAUAACCUC